CCUUGACGGACGCGAUGACGCUCGCAGCAUCUCUGCCGCAUCUCUCCACAAGUGUUCCACUCACAGCAUCACAGACAGCUGGAGCGCAUCCUCAUCACUGCUUCAGAUGAUGAUGAUGAUGAUGAUGAUGAACUGACAGACACAGGAGCCCUGCUCGAGAGGUUUAGUGCCAUGUCAGACUAAUCGCUUUGGAGCAGCCCCACUGAAACGUAUCUCCACCAUGGGGGACAGGCUGGGCCGCCCGACCCCUCUGUUAUCCCGUGGACGUACGUUUGGAUGGUCCACCUCCUGCAGCAGCAUCAAACUAAAGAACUGCGGCAACAACGACCAUGACUUCCUGCAUAGCCUGGAGGAGGCAGCAGUGCCCAGCGUGUCCCUCUCCGCGCCACACUCUCCUGUUUCACUGGAACUGGAGCCCAUGGUGAAUAAUGGAUCAAGCGCGCCCGUCGCUCCAGGUGGCCACACAAAGGAGCCACCGGCGCACAGCCAGCGCUGCCAGCCCCUCUCCAUCUCCACCGUCCCGCUUUCCUCCGCCGCCCGCUUCCCGCACAGCCCUUACCACGCCAAGACUAGCAUGCAGGGCGAUGUGUACAACUUCCUAGAGAGACCUGCCGGCCUGAGGUGCUUCCUGUAUCACUUCCUCGUGUUCCUCAUGGUCCUAGUCUGCCUGAUAUUCAGUGUCCUGUCCACCAUUGAGCAGUAUGCAGACUUCGCAACAGGAUCUCUCUUCUGGAUGGAGAUCGUGCUGGUGGUGUUUUUUGGGACGGAGUACGUGGUCCGGCUGUGGUCAGCUGGCUGUCGGAGCAAAUAUGUGGGUAUUAAAGGCCGUCUGAGGUUCAUCAGGAAACCCAUCUCCAUUAUAGAUCUGAUAGUGGUCGUCGCCUCUGUCGUGGUUCUGAGCGUUGGGUCUAAUGGGCAAGUGUUCGCCACGUCCGCAAUCAGAGGGAUCCGUUUCCUCCAGAUCUUGCGAAUGUUGCAUGUGGAUCGUCAGGGUGGAACGUGGAGGCUUCUGGGAUCAGUGGUUUUUAUUCAUCGGCAGGAGCUGAUCACCACGCUGUACAUCGGGUUCCUGGGUCUGAUCUUCUCGUCGUAUUUUGUGUAUCUGGCAGAGAAAGACGCAGUAGACGAGGAGGGGAAGACGGGUUUUUCUAGCUAUGCCGAUGCUCUGUGGUGGGGUGUGGUUACGGUGACUACGAUAGGCUAUGGAGACAAAGUCCCUCAGACGUGGAUUGGGAAGGCCAUCGCCUCCUGCUUUAGCGUGUUUGCAAUCUCCUUUUUCGCUCUGCCUGCGGGCAUUCUGGGAUCUGGUUUUGCUCUUAAAGUCCAGCAGAAACAGAGGCAGAAACAUUUUAACCGGCAGAUUCCAGCCGCAGCCUCUUUAAUACAGACGCUGUGGAGAUGCUACGCCUGCGAGAAGUCCGAUAGCUGUACGGCCACGUGGAAGAUGUACGUGCUGACGGGCGACUACAUCCCCAUCAUAAACUCUGAAAACUCCAGCCCGGGCAACUUCAGACGGCUGAGUAAGAGGUACAAACGGAAGCCGAAGGUCACACGUGAUAACGGUUCUCUGGGUCCCGGAGGAGAACGAACCCUCUCCAUCCCACAAAUCACCUACGACCACAUCGAUGAUAAAGACGGAGUCUUUUCUGAGGAGUCCACUGGCAUCACAAAACUUUUCCGAUCAUCAGACCGCCAGCGCUCGUGGUCUGCUUUCGCUCUCAUCUGUCCUUCUUCUCCAGUUAAGAAAAAACUGGACGGCCCUGAUAUCUCACGCAACAACAGCCUGGUGGAUGAGCUGGACUUCACGGCUGAAGACAUCCCUCUUCCUGUGGUUACAGACGCUUCACGUCUGUUGAGAAGCCCAUUUGUGGCAAAGGAGGAAGAAUCAGUCUCUUCUCAGCACCUGAACACAAGCAGACUUUCCCACGCACACAAAUCUGCCAUCAAGGUCAUCAGAAGGAUGCAGUACUUUGUGGCUCGACGGAAAUUUCAGCAAGCGAGGAAACCAUACGACGUGCGGGACGUGAUCGAGCAGUAUUCGCAGGGCCACCUGAACAUGAUGGUCCGCAUCAAAGAGCUGCAGAGAAGGUUGGAUCACACAUUGGGAAAACCUGGAAUGUUCCUGCCAGAGAAAGGUGUGGAUAAGGAAUAUUAUACAGUGGGAGCCCGGCUCAUCCGACUGGAAGAUAAGGUGCUUCAGAUGGAUGUGAAGUUGGAGAACGUCCUGAAGAUCCUGACGGAGCAUUUCCAGCCCAAACCAGAGCUGCUGCAGAAACCCAGCCAGUACAGCUCUCGCGUCACCGUCAUGAAGCGGCUGGGCGUCAGCAUGGACGACAGCCAGUGACCCGCUCGCCACCAGAACUCACGCUAUGCAUUGUGGGAAGCGCCGUCCGAGAGGAAGAACUUGCGUUUCCUGUUUCUGUCUAGGAAGUGAACAGGGCGAAGAAGAAGACCUGGAUGUCCCUCAGAAUCUCCUAAACUGUCCGUCUCUAGUCAUUCGAUUGGUUUUAUGGUCCUCAAGAGAUUCGAGCGGUGGUGUUUCGAGUCUGUGGGACCCGUUUCGGAUGGUUUUUGCAAACCCAGAACAAAGGUUGAAAUCAUAAAUCACAUUUCCAACCACAACACGAUCCAGAGCCCGCAGGAACAUGAACACGUUGAUGUAUGGCUGUGGUAGGACUUAUCAAAAUAGCAAAACACCCAUGAUAGAUCCUAAUGAAGUUCAAUAAUGCGCUGAGAUGGCUGUUGGUGUUCAGACGAGAGCCAAGAUUCCCAACAGCCGAUCUGUCAGGACUCCUAUCGCGUUUUUUCCCUUCGUUCGUUUGAGCGAAUCUCUGAUAAUUAAACGUCGAAAGACAGAAAAAGCGGUUCAUUUUCAGAAACCACAAAGCCGUUUUGAGGAAGGAUCUGGCGUGAAUCCGUUCAUCCUGGAUCUUUUCACCAAACAUGUUCGUCUGUUGGCCGUUUGCCUGGUGCUGAAUUAACAUGGAGGGGGUUUUGUAAAGCAAAAAGCCACUGAGUAUGUUACAGUGAUGUACAGUAAGGGGUGUUUUUACUCCUAAAACCAUGGUAAAAUCACUGCAGCUUCAAGUGGCUUAUUGCUUUAAUGAAAUGCCGAUGACAGCAAAAUGGGGAAAAAAAUAUGGAAAUACUUAAUAUAUAGGUGAUAAAGAACAGAAUAACCAUUUUCAUAUACACUACAAUUCAAAAGCUUGGGGUUUGUAGGAUUUUUAAAAUGUUUUAAAAGUCUUUUAUGCUCAGCAAGGCUGCAUUUGUUCCAUUGAAAAUAC